UAUCCACCUCGAACGCCAAAACGAGAAAGGCGAAAGAGCAGGUGGAGAACGGUGGUUUGGGAUUAUAGGUUUUGAGUUUGUUUAAACUGUUCACUUUUGAACACUGUCUUGGUUUAUAAUUCUUGCGAGUGGUGCAGGUAUGGAGAGAGAAAAUACGCAAAUGGACAGCCAUGCACAGACCAGCUCUUUUUCUUCCUCUCCCUGUGCUGAUUCUUUAGAAUCACCAAUCUGCCACAACCCCAACUCUGCUCCACGCUAUGGUACUGUGAUUCCCAAUCGCAUCUUUGUUUGUGGCUUUGACUUAAAAACCACUGAACAGGAUUUAUACAGACUUUUCUCUAGGCAUGGAGUUGUUAAAGAAGUGAAAAUCGUGAAUGACAGGGCUGGAAUCCCUAAAGGGUAUGGGUUUGUUACAUUUGAGACAAACGAAGAUGCCCAGCGAAUUCUUAAAGAUAUUGAUGAGCUUCAUUUUAGGGACAGAAAACUGAACAUUGCCCAGGCCAUACGUAAGCAACAAGUGGGAAUUCAGUAUGACAAUGUUUCUUUCUUAGGUUCAAAUGAAAGUUUAGUUCCUUCUGGCUCAAGCACCAUGUACAUGACCACCUCAAGUGGAUAUCCCUAUACUUACCACAAUGGAAUGGCCUACUUCCCCACCCUUGAAACAGCCCCAGUAACUCAUAUCUGGCCUGUUCCUGUGCCCACACUACCAGUAUAUUACUUUCAGACUUCAGAUGCUGCCUACCAGUCUAUGGAAAUAGCACAAGACUGUGCCUCUGCAGCCUCUGCUGUGCCAGGGUUAGAUGCCAUUGGACCUGAGCCCUGGUCUGAUCUUGGAAUCCAGACAACAUACCAACAAUUCCCUAUUUCCAUAAUGCAACAGUAUCAGAGACCUCACCCAGUCAGAAGAGGGGUCUCGCACUUUCAUACAGUUUCAAGAUGCAGGUGUAUCCACAGUUCACAUUUUAAUAUGCAUAACGGGUUUCAUCAAAAUAUACAACAGUCUGAUGUCCCUGCUUACGAGGCCAGUCCUGAUUCUGUCCAAUGAAAAAAAGAAACCAGUAACCACUGAAGUGGGUUGUUAACAACAACAUCAGAGAGUGAUGAAUAAAGCAGCAGCAUUCAUAAAGAAUGUAAAGUAUGGCAAUCUUUAAAUGAAGAGCUGAAAAUUAUG